AUGCGUACGGGCCCUCCCCUGUCUCUAUUCUUCCCGCAACGCAUGGCUCCUCACUCUUCACAGAUCCAGCCACCUCUCCUCCCCCGACCCGAUCUCUCCGCACUCGGUAUAUCGUAUCGUCGCAUUCCCUUGCUUGCUAUCAACCGUGAUAUUUACCUUGAUAUGCGCCUCAUUUCCCCAAAGCUCGAGUCCCUCUUCCCGCAUCUCCCUCGCCUGGGUGAAUAUUCAGACUCGCGGCCCGAGUCCUACUCUUUAGAACGUCUCCUCUCCAUCCUCACGACUGAGACGGGCCUCUUUCCCGCCGCCGUCCGGAGCCCUGCCUUCUGGGCGUUUUGGCCCCGAACAAUACCCGCGAGUGUAUUCGUGGAUUGCACGGUUCCAGAAUGCCGUGACCGCAGCGAAGACCCGGAUGGACAAGCCCAAGACGAGAACCUCGUUGCCGUGAAGGAGGGCCUGAAGCCCGGACACGAGGUUCAAGUGUGGCCGACUGAUACUGGAUCGCCUCAUCGAGAGGUUGGCAAACUGAUUGGGCUGGACAAGACGAAGGUCGUUAUUGAAGUUGUUGGGCCCAAAGUCGGUCAUUCCCGGUCGACUGCACUUAGGACGACAUUUCAGGAGACGAACAAUCCUGUACGGACCGAAUCGCGUCCCGUCCUCGCGUGGAAAACACGACAGUUCGACUGA